AAACACGUUGGACCCUCGGUUUAUUUGGAAAAAGUGCUUGUUUUGAUCCCCUCUUCCACCCAAUUUUUUUUACAUACGGUCAUGUAACACCCUGUAUAUUAAUUUACCCUAUUUUACUAUUAUGCACUAAUAUCGCCAUCUUCAUACUACGUUAUAACACCUUACAAUUCGCAAGUGAAUGCUUGAAUGAAUUAGUAGGAUGUUAAUUAGUUCUCUCUUUAUACGUGCACUUUUGUUAAAAUGUUUCAGGUCAGCCCUAUGGCAUAUUGUGUGGUGUCAUUUGAGGAUGGAACGUUCUCUGAACUUCCAAGCAACUGGCUUGUAGGAAAUAAGGAGCAAUGCUGGUGGCCCCGAGGACCGCUUAUAAAAAAUAUAAAUUCCCUUAUGGAAAAAUGUGUAGAACCUAACGGAAAAAAUUGGGAGCAACAUCCAGUGAAAGUUGAGUUCUACUGCUCGUCAUUACAUACUGCUAGGCUGAAAGCAUUGGAUCCUGAAUAUACGUCCUCAGAAGAAAAAGGCAGGGGACGUAGAAAAAUAAAACGAAAAAACCUAUCUGAUUCAGAUAGUGAAAAGGAAUGUGAAACACCACCCCCUCAAUUCACUUGCUCAACAUUUCAGUCACAAUCAGAUUUUCAAUGUUCGAAUGUGGAACUAACUAUGGCUGAUGUUCCACUAAUCAUAUUGCCUUCUGGAGAUAACUCGUCAGGUGUAGAUGAAGCUGCAGCACAGGUUUCACCAGUAACGUCUCGGACAGCUACGCCAAUAUUAUCCCAAGUAGUGACCCCAAUAAAUCUAAGCACAGCCACUUUAUCCACACCUGUUGUUACACCAAGUUCAUCUAGAACUAUCACACCAAGUUUUAGCGAUCCAGUGCAGACCUGCAAUCGUGUACUGGAAUUAUCCACACAAAUUUUGUUUUAUGUCAAAAGCCUAGACAAGAGGCUACAAAAAUUAGAACAUGGUGCAGAUGAUCAACAAGGUAACUUUUAUAAAAAAAUUGGGCGGUUCCACUUAUCAAGAAUUUGUGAAUCGCUCAUUAAAAAAUACAAUAUCUUACGCAUUUGGGACAAGAUGUAGUUGGUUGGGGUUGAGAAAUAACCUUAGAAUAUGCGACUACAAAUUCAUCAAGCUUA